GACCACAGUCAACAUAUCUAAAUUCCAGUUUCCCUUGGGCUAUUAAGCCCUGAGACAUCUGGUGGCAGAUCUUGAGCUCAGGAUUGAUACUGCCCUUUUCAGCCAGAUGGAGACUUUGGAGGAAAAGAGCAAUCUCCUUGCUUUGCAGGCUGACAACAACAUGGAGCAACCAUUCACUGUCAGCUCACUGAGAAAGCUGGUGGCUAUUCCUGACCACACAGACAUCUCUGUGAGCCCAGAGGAGAGAGUACGUGCCUUAAGCAAGCUUGGCAGCAACAUCACCAUCAACGAGGAGAUCACUCCACGGCGCUACUUCAGGUCUGGAGUAGAGAUGGAGCGAAUGGCGUCGGUGUACAUGGAGGAGGGGAACCUGGAGAACGCCUUCGUGUUUUAUAACAAGUUCAUCACGUUGUUUGUAGAAAAGCUGCCCAGUCACCGAGACUAUCACCAAUGUGCAGUACCAGAAAAACAAGAUAUUAUUAAGAAAUUGAAGGAGGUUGCAUUUCCACGGACAGAUGAACUCAAAAGAGAUCUUUUAAAAAAAUAUAACUUAGAAUAUCAAGAAUACAUGCAACACAAAAACAAAUGUAAAACUGAAUUUCUGAAGAAAUUAGAGCACCAAAAGCUAAUAGAGGCAGAGAAGAAACGAAUCGCACAUAUGCGGCAGCAGCAGCUGGAAUCGGAACAGUUUCAAUUCUUUGAGGAUCAGCUUAAGAAGCAAGAACUAGCUCGAGAUCAGAGAAUCAAAGAGAGUGUGGUUAUGUCUGAACAGAUAGAUGGAAGUAUGCUGUCUUGUAUUUCUGUGCCAGAGAACAGCUCCUUAUCUGCGGCGCUGCUGGAGAAAAAAGAGAGGAGCGGCACCUCGGGCUGUGCUGGACAUUCACCGCCAGUAGAACGGGUCUUAAAGCCAGCAGCUACUCUAAGUGCUGUUCAGACUCAAUUGGCCGAAGCACUCAGAGGUGUCAUUUUGCCCAGGGAUCUCUGUCACAAAUUUCUGCUGCUGGCAGAGGCAAAUACAGUAAGAGGAAUAGAGACAUGUGGAAUUCUCUGUGGAAAACUGACUCAUAAUGAAUUUACUAUUACACAUGUAAUAGUGCCAAAGCAAACUGCGGGACCAGACUACUGUGACAUGGAGAAUGUGGAAGAAUUAUUUGGUAUUCAGGAUCAGUAUGACCUCCUCACUUUGGGUUGGAUCCAUACACAUCCAACACAAACUGCAUUCUUAUCCAGUGUUGAUCUUCAUACUCAUUGUUCUUAUCAGCUAAUGUUGCCUGAGGCCAUUGCAAUUGUUUGUUCACCAAAGCAUAAUGACACUGGCAUCUUCAGGCUUACUAAUGCUGGCAUGCUAGAAGUUUCUGCUUGUAAAAAGAAGGGAUUCCAUCCACAUACAAAGGACCCUAGGUUAUUUAAUCCAUGUACCCAUGUGGUUGGGAAAGACAUAAAGAUAAUUGUGCUGGAUCUGAGGUGAUACAGAUGAACCACAUCAAUGUCACUCUACAAAGGCCAAAACAGAAACAUGGAUUCCUGUCUUUUCCUACAUUUUCAGAAAUUACUUUUAUAUUUAUACAUUUUAGAUUGAAUGGUUUGAUAUUUAUUGCUCUAGCCUGUUUUGGAGUUAUUUUGUUGCUCUGUCAAGAUGGACUUCAGUGGCAUUAACCCUGAAUCUGUAAACAAAUCUCACCCAUAAAACACAACAAUAAAAUGAACUUCAAACUGCAGUAACUGUGUUGAAAUAGGUAAUGUUUGUUUUGUCACUUGCUCACAUUAAUUGCCUUCUGAGAAUUAGAUAUUUUUAACAGUAGUUGGCUUUUUGUGACUUCCAGAUAUGUACAUCUCUUACAGCUUCAGUAAAUUUAAGUUAUAUGUAGUAGAGGCAAAUCCAUCAGUUCAUGUGAUUUUUUUUUUCAUCCUUUUCUCCAGUCCAACUUCUAUAGCUCAAGUUUCAGCUAUUAAGCAGAAAAUACUUAGAAAUACCCAAAUCCUUUAUCUGAGAGCUGGUCCUCACCAUUUUGGGAUAGCAGAGAUGCAUCAGAGUCCCUUGGCAAAAUGUGUCUUCUCCAGCAAGCUGCCAGUAGAAACUUUACACUGAAAGACACUUCUUAUCCUGAAAAGGAUUCCCUGGAUCUAUCUGGAGUUAGAUAAAAAGAUCUAGACAGAGUUAGAAGGAAGAACCAUACAAAGUUAUUUGCUUUUACAAGAGUUUAUUUAGCAAACUGUUCCAAGAACCUAGAUGACCUAUACUUUAAAUAAUAAGGUUAGUACAAAGAGGGUUGCAACAUGUGCUAACAGUCAGAAGCUGGACAAGAUCUGGAACCCCGGGGUUAUGAAGACAUGGUAAAUAACAGGUGCUGUUGCAAAGAUCUUACAGUUUGAAAGAUAACAAGUAACAGGCAAGUGAGGUAA